UUUGAUAGAAUAUAUAUGAUUAGGUUAGGUUAGGUUAUUAUAUGAUUAGAAUAUAUAUGUAGAAAGUAUUAGAAACUUUAUAGAAAAUAAUUACACAAGUAGUUAGAAAUAGUAAAUUAGAAUAAAAUACACUAAUUAUAAGUUAAUAAUGACAUUAAAUAUAUUAUCGACUUUGAAUUAGAAGGGAAGUCAAGUUCGUUGUCAUGGAUUUCGAAUUUACCAAUAUGAGGAGAACAGACAUUGUACUAAUAUCAGGAGCAAUCUCAAACAGCCUAAACAAAUGUAAAAUUCGUAAGCUCGAGGGGAAACCGCUUCUCCUGCCACUCCACGAACAGAUGAGAAUUAUGACUGUUCGUGAAACACAGUUGGCAGAGAAAUCGAUAAGGCGGAUUUUUCACAACAAAAAGGAAGUGGAGACGACCUGUUUAGCGCAACUUAACAAAAGUCUGAAUUCGAAAUUAAAUAACCUAACACCAGAAUUCAUAAAAAAUUAUAUUUUGCGUGGAGAUAAAAUAAAUGUAGUGGUAUUGUUCGGGGGAUCAUACGAUAGGAAUAUUUUAAGUAGGCUAGGGUUAGGACACAUAGAAGUUCUAAAUAUCAGAUGCUAUGAUUUGAAUUUCGAUGGGGACUUCUACAUGAUACUAGAAAAAUUGAGGGGAAAAAUAACUGAAAGAAUUUUCGAAUUCAAUGUAGGUAGAAUCCAGAAAAGGGGUAGGCUAUUGAACUUAACGGAAGCGCAUAGCGGCGUAUGUACACAAAAACAUAAAAUAACAUACGCUCACGACCCAAAGACUGAUGUGAGAUUUACAAAAUGCAUAUUUAACAGAAUGGUUAAGGAAUAUGGGUACCAAAAUUUGGUGAAACAAUUCCAACCUAUAUAGACAAUACCACGCACCUAGCACCACGUUGUAAAAAUAUAAUUUUUUACGAAUUUAUAAAUUUUAUUAUAGCAAAUAACAAAGUAGCUUAAUUAACACACUAAAGUAAAUAUAUAUAGAAAAAAAAAAAAAAAAGUAACGCUAGAUAUUAAUAAUUAACUAACAGAAUACCACAAAUAGUAAUUUUAAUUUCAUUAAUUUCAGAAAAACAAAAGAGAAAGAAAUAACAUUAGGAAUCGGGCGGUAAAUAAUAGGGGCAUAUUUUGUCUAUUUUAUUGGAGACUGACAAAUGGUGCACUAUUAUGCACCGAACGGUUUGACCACUUAAGAAAAAUGUUGGAAUUUGAUCGUUUGGUGAUUGGUUGGGAAAAUCGUGUGAAUAGCAGAUUUUUUUAACGGGAUCACCAAGGGACCAAAUGGCCAUAAUAACUCACAAUAAGAAAUUACAAAAUCUUAUUAGUUUAGCCAGUGUCGCGGGAGGAUGCUUUGAUUUGCAGCACACUCUGGCGACACGGGUUCAAUUAGCAAGAUGAGAUCAUUACGAAAAUAGAAUAGAAUAGAAUCGAUUUAAUACUAGUCUUGAUCAUGUAAUAAAACUUGAAUACAAUAGUUUAUUGUUGGUCUGGACCUGUAGUAAAAAGAUACAAUCUAAUUACAGUAUAGGGAUAGUAAUAUUAACUAGGCAUAAAAUAUAAUGAUAUAGUGAUUAAUGGAAAAUAUAUAUAUAG